CGACGAUUCAAUCAAUGGUGGGCCUGUUCGUCGACUCAUUUCUAUAUCUUUUCCCGACAGGGCAGCACUGGUAGAUCAGUAGCCAUGACCUCCUUCGCCAGCCCCCUGUGGAGAAAGCUGCAGGUCUAUCAGGUGUACGGGGCUAACACCAACGUUGGGAAGACAGUCAUUACGACGCUUCUAUGCAAGGUUGCUCCCCGUGCAGGCUUUUUGAAGCCCGUUUCCACAGGCCCCUCGAGUGAGGCCGAUGAUAGGCAUGUAAAGCAAUUCUCGCCUGGCACCGUCACUCAAUGUCUGUACCAGUUCGAAGAGCCCGUCAGCCCGCAUAUCGCUGCCACGGCCCAUGCCAGCCAGGCCCCCGGGGACGCAGAAAUCGUGUCCAGCAUCCACAAUAUCCUCACACGAUGGGCGAAAGACGAGGCGAUGAGCCACGCCUUCGUGGAGACAGCGGGCGGCGUGCACUCGCCGGGGCCCUCGGGAACCUCACAGGCGGAUUUAUACCGUCCCCUGCGCCUGCCCGUGGUGCUAGUUGCCGACUUUCGCCUCGGCGGCAUCUCGUCCACGAUCGCGGCGUACGAGUCACUGCUGGUGCGCGGCUACGACGUGGAGUCCGUCCUCGUAUUCGAGGACGCGUAUUAUCGGAACAGUGAUUACCUAAUGGAUUACUUCGCUGCGAGGGACAUCCCGCUGCUCGCGCUCCAGCGACCACCUGAACGGCUACGGAGAGAAUCGCUUGGUAACAGUAGUAGUGAUGAUGCUUUCCAACGGGACCAGCAGGCAAUGGCGAGGUAUUACGAAGCCGUUUCCCGGCCGUCUUCCGGCCUCGGCGGGUUGUUGUCCGAUCUCUCCGUCCGACACGAGAGACGAAUAGGGGAGCUGGAGACGAUGGCUUCGACAGCGCACAAGUCGAUCUGGUACCCCUUUACCCAACACAACGGACUGAAGCCUGAGUCCCUGACUGUCAUAGACUCGGCCAGGGGUGAUCACUUCCAGGUUUUCCAGCAGCCAGCUGUAAAAGCCGACUCCUCGUCGUCAUCGGUACUCGGACCCGUGUACGACGGCUCCGCAUCGUGGUGGACCCAAGGGCUUGGGCAUGGAAACCCAGAACUGGCUCUAGGCGCAGCGUACGCCGCAGGCAGGUACGGGCAUGUAAUGUUCGCGCUGGGGGCGCACAAGCCGGCAAUCGAGCUGGCAGGGCUGGUGCUGCAGCACACGGCCAACGAGCGUCUGGUGAGAGUCUUCUACUCAGAUAACGGGAGCACAGCCAUGGAGGUCGCCGUUAAGAUGGCGCUUCGUGCCUCCUGCCAACGCUACCGGUGGAACGCCGGCACCGACGAGGUGGAGAUCCUCGGCCUAAAGGGUAGUUAUCACGGCGAUACCAUUGGUACCAUGGACUGCUCGGAGCCGUCCACUUUCAACCAGAAGGUGGAGUGGUAUCGUGGGAGGGGAUACUGGUUCGACUUUCCGCAAGUCAAGAUGGUGCGGGGGUCUUGGACGGUCGUGUUCCCGGACCAGCUGGCGCACGCUGCUCAUGGUAACGAGCGAGAGUCAUUUUCGUCCCUGGCUGACAUAUUCAAUAUUGAGCAUCGAGAACACUCGGGCUUCGGGCGUCUGUACGCGUAUUUCAUUCAGCAAACUCUGGAAAAUCUCGUCAAGAAGCAAGGUCGGAAGUUUGGCGCGCUGAUAUUAGAGCCACUUGUCCUCGGAGCAGGCGGCAUGUUGUUUGUCGACCCCCUUUUCCAGCACAUGCUCAUCAAGACAGUCCGUCAAAAUCCAGAGCUGAUUGAGCCAUCCCUUCCUAUCCCCGGGCCAUCCUCAUCAAAGUCGUGGACUGGCCUGCCUAUCAUUUUCGACGAGGUCUUCACUGGUCUCUACCGCUUUUACCAUUUCAGCCCCUCGACUUUCUUCCCCCAGGCGUCCCGGCCAGACAUCGUCGCCAACGCCAAGCUCCUGACCGGCGGGCUCCUCCCCCUCUCCAUGACGCUCGCGAGCGAGGAUAUCUUCGACGCGUUCAGUUCUAGCCCCGCCAAAGAGCAGGCUCUGCUGCAUGGCCACAGCUACACCGCCCACCCGGUCGGCUGCCACGUGGCGCGCAUGUCGGUCACGAAGAUGAUGGAGAUGGAGCGCGACGGCGCGUGGGACCAAUUCAAGGAGUCUUGGGUUGAUGCGGGACCGGGUGUGGCUACCGUUGAUGCUGCGCCCAGGGUCACGGUCUGGUCCAUCUGGCCGCAAAAUCUACUCACCGCGUUGUCCAACGCGGCAUCCGUUGAGAGCGUCUGGGCACUCGGCACUGUUCUAUCAAUCGUGCUGUGCGAUCACGACAGCCCAGGUGAGCCGAACUUCCUGCCUGCGUGCCCAGAUUCCUCCUUCCUUUCCUCGCGCGGAUAGAUUUUAUUGCCAAACUAACCUGAUUUUCCUCUUUGCAGGGUACACCUCCUCAGUCGCUCAAGACUUGCAGAGGAAACUGAGGUCGCCCCUUGCAUCCAAUUCAACAGUAAUUAGGGACAGCGGAAGUGGCUAUAGUGACGACAUAAGAAACUCGCACUUUAGCGUGCAGUCGAGAAUCCUAGGUAAUGUCUUCUAUCUUAUAACGAGCCUAACAUCUAGUAAGGACGAGGUCGAUAAGAUAUGUCAGAUGCUAAGGAGAGCUCUCUUAUAGAUAUCUAUACUAUAAAACUAGUUAAUCCUAUAGAACGCUCAGGUACGAGGUAUAUAGAUAUAGUAGUUAGGUUUAAGUAUAGGGUUAACUAUUGCUCACUCAGAUUACUUAAAUAUGGGUGCAGUUGUCAGAUAGGACACCUGGUUCCUAGGUUCAGAAAUAAUAUGGCACUAGAGAAGACUAGUGUCACUUGAAGUUCAGACGGCGAAAUGAACCCCUC